GUGACAUUGAACGCGUCACCACGUCAUUCCCUGGAAAGAUUUUGAGAGCGAGCUGUCAUUUCACCGACUCGGUUCGGUUAACGGUGCCGCCGUAUGAACACUCGAUCCCGGCCGACCUUCCCCGCGCGGCACCGAGCCCAUGACUGGGUGUCCGGACACUAAACCAGAUGAUCCAGUUAGCAUCCUGGCGAGACACACCGCGCACAGUUAACAUCAGAGUGGAUGUGAGCCAUGGCUAACCCCAACCCCCACGCCCACGCCAACCCCCAUGCCCCGCGGGCCCAGAGGAAGAUGUCCACGGCGGGGGAGAGCGUCUACAAGGUUUUAGGACUGGAGAAAGGUGCCUCGGCUGAGGACAUCAAGAAAGCCUACAGAAAGUUGGCGCUGAAGUACCACCCGGACAAAAACCCCGACAACCCGGAGGCAGCGGAGAAGUUUAAGGAGAUCAACAACGCCAACUCCAUCCUCAACGAUGACACCAAGAGGAAGAUCUACGACCAGUACGGCUCCAUGGGACUGUACGUGUCCGAGCAGUUUGGAGAGGAGAGCGUCAAGUACUACUUCCUCAUGUCCAAGUGGUGGUUCAAGGUUCUGGUGCUGUGCUGCACGCUGUUCAGCUGCUGCUGCUGUUGCUGCUGCUGCUGCUUCUGCUGCGGCAAGUGCAAGCCGCCGGACGAGGACGACAGCUACCAGUACGUGGAUCCCGAGGACCUGGAGGCGCAGAUCAAGGCGGAGCAGGACAACGGCAACACGGUAAUCAUAGGCCAGCCCUCGUUUAGCGGAGGCGCCCAGACCCCAGACGACAAAAGCGCACCCAUCCCGCUGCCCAUGCCGCCCCCGCCGGCGCCCUCAUCCAAGUCCCGGUUGUCGCCCUCGUCCCAACCAGAGGCGACGACGGAGCAUCGAGAGGAGGAGGAAGAGAAGCCCCGCGAGAGCUUGCCCGAGUCGAAAUGACUCGACGAUGACAAUCAACGAGAGCAAGCAGGCAAGCCCCCUUCCUUCCCAUGCAGAUCGCACCGGACCACCGCCCCUGAUUCCCGACCUGCCGGCCCUCCUGCAGGGAAAGCUGCUUCUUGUUGUUCUUCUGUGGACCUCCCGCGUCUUUCUUCCUCCAUCUCAUCUCCACACGGUGCUUUUUUUCCCCCGGGAAUGAGCAGGAAAUGACGCGACGCCGUUCAGAGGGGAACGGACCACUUUCCUCGUCACCUCUUUUAUGAAGCAGGGACUGAGGGAAAGUUUUAACGUGCAUGCUUGUUUUUUUUUUUUAAAUCAUGAUGCAUGUGCGCCGGUUCUGUAGAGACAUGCAGAAUCUGCUCCCAAACACUUAUUUUGUUUGUUUGUUUUGUGCCACUCACUGCAAACAAAAGUAUCAACCAGCAAAUGGACCGAACCACUACAACGGACUGUAAAGGACGGAAUCAAAUGAACGGAACCUUUCCUCCCAGGAGCUCCAUGUAGCCCUACUGACAGUCAUAAGAUCUGCUCUGUGCCAGCAGUUUUCUCUGUUGCCAUUAACAUUAUCAUCACAACGGCAUCCCAAAUCAUUUCACAAAAAAAAAAAAAAAACAACCUAAGAGCUACUAGUAGUGAUGAACGGCCCCACGCACGCUUUUUAUUUUUAUUUUAUUUUUAUUUUUUUUUGGGGGGGGGCUAGCAAAUGAAUUAAAAUUAGAAUGUGUCCAACAAAAAAAAAGUUUGGGGUCACCCAUCCAGGAUAUCGUGCCUAAUUUGGAUGAAUUCACCCAAAAUGGCUGCUUCAAACCAAAAUGGCCAACUUCCUGAUCAAUUUCAGGGUAUUUGAGACUUUCAAGAACAGGUCCAACCAAUUUGGUCUUGAUUGACAAAGCUGCAAUUUCCCCCCCCACCCCUUGAAUUUACCAAAGUUGAAGGAAUUCGCCCAAGAUGGCCGACUUCCUGUUCAAUCGAAGCGAUUCCAAGAGGCCCUCGUCAUUUCCACCUUUGACACGGCUUACAGUAAGCUAGUUGCCGUCGCUCUGUUUACAUUACAGAACAGUGUUUUUUCAGUUUCUUGUCAGAGGAAUCUUAAUCUACUCCUGAAUGAAAUUGUCCCCCCCCCCCAUAUUCUGAAAUCAAUGCCACAUUCUAGAACAUUCCUGAGCGUGUUGUGCCUUGAACAAGAAGUACAGCAGACACUUGAGGAAAAGCCUUUUUUUUCCAUCCCUCCCCCUUUCAGAAGUGGCAAACCAAUUUUCUCCAUUCUAGACCCCCAAAACGAUCUCUCAUUAUAAUGGCAAUGGUGUUAAACGUCACUAUGCAAAAACGAUCGUCCAUUUGUAACCAAACCAGCAGUUUUCAGUUGAGCCAUUGUCAUGUUGGAAA